AAGUGGGAACUGCUGCGGGGAGGCGGGGCUGCGGAGCUGUCCGAGGGGUGGGCGAGAGGCGGUCAUGGCGCCCUCCGGGCGUCUCGUGGUUCCUCUGACAGUGUUGGUGUUGUUGCUUUGGGGGUUUCCGUGGAUCCACGGGCGGCGGAGUGACGUGCGUGUCAUCACCGACGAGAACUGGAGGGAGUUGCUGGAAGGAGAGUGGAUGAUAGAAUUUUAUGCACCGUGGUGUCCUGCUUGUCAAAAUCUUCAACCAGAAUGGGAAAGUUUUGCUGAAUGGGGAGAAGAUCUUGAGGUUAAUGUUGCAAAAGUAGAUGUCACAGAGCAGACAGGACUGAGUGGACGGUUUAUCAUAACUGCUCUUCCUACUAUUUAUCAUUGUAAAGAUGGUGAAUUUAGGCGCUAUCAGGGUCCAAGGACUAAGAAGGACUUCAUCAACUUUAUAAGCGAAAAAGAGUGGAAGAAUAUUGAACCUGUUUCAUCGUGGUUUGGUCCAGGUUCUAUUCUGAUGAGUAGUAUGUCAGCACUCUUUCGGCUGUCUAUGUACAUCAGGACUUGCCACAACUAUUUUAUUGAAGACCUUGGGUUACCAGUUUGGGGAUCUUACACACUUUUUGCUUUAGCAACUCUGCUUUCAGGACUGUUAUUAGGACUUUGUAUGAUAUUUGUGGCAGAUUGCCUUUGUCCUUCAAAACGGCGUAAACCACAGCCAUACCCUUUAAAAAAGUCAUUACCAGAAUUUUCUCAACCUUUGAAAAAAGUGGAGGAGGAACAAGAGGCUGAUGAAGAAGAUGUUUCAGAAGAGGAAGCUGAAAGUAAAGAAGGAACAAACAAAGACUUUUCACAGAAUGCCAUAAGACAACGCUCUGUGGGUCCAUCAUUGUCCACUGAUAAAUCCUAGUUAAUUUUUGUGGAUAUCUUAAUAUCAUGAUUUUAACAAAAACUGAAGUUUGAUCAUUUGUUUUUAUGUGAACUGUGACGUGCUUAUGUAUUAUAGGGUUCAAUCCAGAUUGUUGGAUUGAACAGUUUUCAUUAAGAAAAUAAAAGCAGGUAUAAAAGUUUGUAAUAUGAUUUAAGAACAUUAUGGUUGUUUAAUUAAUGUUUAAUUUUAAAAAAUCUGGUGCCAAGCAAUAAGAUUUGUACAUGUUUGUUUAAUAACAACCUGUUUGUCUGAAUUGAAAAAAUUACAUUUUCCAAAGUUUGCAUUAUUGGGGUAUUUAAGAUUAGAGAAAAAGAUUUCUCAUUUGGUAUGAUUUUUCUCAGUUUCACUGUGUGAAAAAGAACAAACAUUUCCCAUAAGUGGGAACUUUUUGCCCAUUGUCUUGAGAAACACAUAUUUCAAUGAUAAUUCUGUAGUCUUUUAGAGAUAUAGUUUAAAAUUUCCUCAUUUUAAAAAUUAUGCAACUAAUAAAAAACUACCUUGCUUUAAUUAUACUUUUCUGCACAUCAUAUACAGAAUAUGCUACUGAUUGAGGGAGUUUUUAUAAGUGUAGGUGUUCUCUUGAUUCCUAAUAAGGUCAAUUGCUUUUUUUGUUGUUGUUCCUUUGGUCACUGUAUGGUUUGUAUUUUUUAAUUUGCCAUCUCAAAUUGGAUAAUAUGAACAGUAUCACUGUUACAUUUACUGUUGGUAAAUAGUACUUUUUUGUUUCAAAUUGAAGUUUACUAAGAGAAAGCCAUCAAACUGAACUAUAUUGAUAACUUAAAAUUUUAGUCAUUCAGUCCAGAUUUUACAUUAUUAUUGUUGAGACUUGUCUUGAAUAUUUUGAUUUUGUUCUUUUUCUCUUUUCUUUUUGUUAUUAAUGUAAAGGUGGACAUUCCCGAUUUUCAUUUGAGAUAGAAAAGCUUUGGUAUUUUAUACUUGGGAAGUGCAAAGCUUAAUUUGAUAUAAAAUAAAGUUUGCUUUCUACUCAGGAAAAAACAUCUUCUCCUGUAUAUUUUCAGAGUAUCUUUGUCCUAUGUUCAGAAAACUAAUUGAUUUUGUAGUUAGUUUCUGCUUGGUGUUUUAAAAUUUUAACAUUUUUAUGCUUUUUAAAAGAUAAACUUCAUAUUCUGUUGUUCUUGACUGCUAUUCUGUGGUGUUUCUCAGGUGGAAGUCAGCAAGAGGAAUACAUAGUUUUCACCUUACAUCAAGUAGAGGGUUUAUUAGAGGUUUGUAUAACAAGAAUAGGAACACCCAUAAAUACUCAGAAUGAAUAAUUCAGCUAUUUUGUAAUAGAUUAUUUCUGUAAAAUCGUCAGUUUUAAGGUUCUCUUUCUGUGUGAAUUCAUUAGACUUGCAGUAUCUUUAGUAUACAAGUUUUAUUUAAAAGGCUUCUCUUCAAAUAUUAAAUAUUCUGCCAUUGAAUGGUCUGGAUAUGUAAUUUGUGAUGCCUUAGAAAAAAUUUCUAAGCACAAAAUAAAUUUUUCUAAGCACUUCAUUAAACCUGAAGACCAGUAUGAUUUCUAGUUGCACAUUUCAAAGUAUGCUUAAUUUCUUUGUAUUUAACAAUGUUUAAGAUGAAUUGCUGUGCGUUGCUGUAUAUGUACUUUAUAUGUGCAAUCAAAGGCUGGAUUCUUUUUCUGUUGUUUGACAUGAUUGAAGAAAAUGAUGCUUCUUAAUCAUUCUUUUUUUAGCAUUCUCGUAUCUGACAUUGUCAGAUUUUUUUUUUUUAAGAGAGAAUUUUAAUAUAUAUUUUUUUUAGUUCUCGGUGGACAUAACAUCUUUGUUUGUAUGUGGUGCUGAGGAUCGAACCCGGGCCACACGCAUGCCAGGCAAGCAUGCUACUGCUUGAGCCACAUCCCCAGCCUACAGAUGUCAGAUUUUUAACUAGAAAAUGUGAUGACAGAAAACUAAAUGUAGGCAAACAGGUAGGGUCUUGAUAUUUCCAUAAACAAAUGAUCUCAGUUGUUGAAGAUUGUCACUGUAGAAAUCUGAAUGCUUUUCUGUUGAUACUACAGGCUUCCAAAACCUAUAUGAAGUCAUUGACAAGUGGUUCAGGAAUGAGUAAUGUGCAGUGCCAAUGAUAUCCUGGCUCGCUCACUCCAUAAUCAUUCAACUUUACCACUGAAGUAUCGUAUAAUCUGGUCUCUAGAGAAAAUGCAUUAUUCUUCCACAUAUUGCCUAGUCUUUAUUGGUAAAACUAAAAAGAGAGUCUUAAUGAAGAUUCCCGAGUGUAUAUCAGUAUUAUAAUUUGGAUAAGAUGUGUUACCCUCUCAGUCAUGGUUAGAUUCUGAAUGAUGUAACUUAAAUGGUUAGUUAAUUCAUUUGAUGGAUUAAUGAUUUGAAAGGACUACUGUGCUGGGUAGUAACUAUGGGCAGGUGCGGUGUGGCUAGAGGAACUGAGUCACUGGGGGCAAGUCUUUGAGGAUUGUGUUUUGUCCCCUGGCUCUUCCCUUGCUUUCUGCUUCUAUGCCACCAUGUCCUGAGAUGCUUUCUUCUGUCAUGGCAUUUCACCUGACUUUAUGCCUAGAGCAAUGGAUUUGGCCUUGAUGGACUGAAAGCUCUGACCUGAAAAUAAACUUUUUCUCCUCUA